AUGUCCCCAGCAAGGCUUCGCAGUAAGACCGGCUGCCUCACUUGUCGCAAACGCCGAAAGAAAUGCGAUGGGCGGAAACCACAGUGUGAAGGGUGCAGGUUCUACCAAUUGACCUGUACAUGGCCCACCAGCUUUACAGACCGCCGGCAUUCGAAACGCCCAUCACCCUCGAGGACAUGUCAGGAGAUAGCGACUCCUUCGAGCCUGCUCUUUGCGGUGGCAGAAUCUCCGUCGAUAGCAUUCCCUUUGUCGGAUAAUGCCGAGGGGUUGGUUUCUGUGCAGUCGGAAGUUGACACACGCACAGCAACUGAGGUUGAUAGGCCCCAGUCGUCCUUCGGCGUUCAGUUUUCUUGGACGGGCAUCGCACUGAGUGAACGGAACGAGCAACUACUUUUCAACCUCUUCAGGACAGCGAUCAUACCAUAUUCCGUCCGUGCGCAUGCUGCCACCGUGUAUCAUGAGCUCUUUGACAUGUACCAAACGGGAUUCCAGAAUCCCAUCGUUAUGAAAUUGUUUCUCGGCCUCGGUGCUCUCCACUUGGCCAUAUUCGGACGCCCCGAGGUGGGAUAUACGCGCGCAAUGGCCUACUACAAUUCAGCCAUCAAAGAAAUCAGACGCACCAUCGAUGCUGGCGCGGUGGAAGGAACAGAAGAUUGGCUCAUGAUUGCCGCAGUGCUCAUGACUUUGUUUGAGGAGCGGAAUACAGACCCAUCUUGCAACGCGCAGGUCCAUCUUCAGGGUCUCGCCCAACUCUUCCGAGUUCGCCAAAGAAUGCAAAUCAAAGCCGAUGCCCGAUUCCCCUUCCAUCGAAUUGCGGCCGAGGUAUUCAUAUACAACGUAACCAAUCUGUCCAUCUUGAAUGGUCAGGUUCCAGAGAUGCUGGCAUUGUUCGAUUGGACUGAUCUAGAUGGUUACGAGCAACUGCUGCCAUCACCUAAUGCAUCCCGCAUCGCCAAUUCCCCCAUUCUCGGCGCGGGUCACGCGCUUCAUCUAACCAUUUUUUACGUGACCCAAUUACGGCACCGAGUCCCUUUGAACGUGGCCAACGCCUCACAAGCAGCCCACCUGCAAUUCCAGCUCGUCCAGGCUCAGCGCCACUUGAGCCGAUCCAUUGAUGCAUCCACCGAUUGGGACGAGUGCCAAGCUCUGGAGGGAGGUUUGCUCUAUGCCAUAAGUGCCCAGAUUUUCUUGUACAAAAUCCAACAUCCGGAAGUCGUUUCCAACCAUCCCGACAUCCGGCGGCUGGCAUGCGCUGCUGUCGAGGUAUUACGACGCUGCGUCGUGGCCGUCAACUGCGCAGCCUACUUCUGCUGGCCUGUUACAAUUCUAGCUUGUACCGGCACCGAUCCAGAUCUGAAGUCUCUCAUUAGGGCCAAACUCAGAGACAUGUGGGAUGGCUCUUAUAGUGGACAUACCAAACGAACCGAAGCUGUGAUCGAACAAAUCUGGCGCGAUACCUCUUCCGGUCCGGACGACGGAGGACAGAGAGACGUUCCAUCGUAUGAUAUCCUCGAUCGACUCCUCGAGAAGGACGGCUUAUCAGGCAAGUGUGGCCGCACGUGCAGCCAGGGCAACUCUGAACGGUUUAUCACACGAUCCGGUAUGGCAUAG